CAGGAAAGAAUGUUAAUUAUUCUAAAAUGUGCCUUGUGUUUACUACUUCUUGUUCGUGUGUUUGUUUGUGUGUGUGUUCUAGUUUGUGUUGUUGACAGCGUACUGUUAACGGAAUCAUGGCAGGAGUGAAAAUGCGCUCCACUCGCAGGCUGCGCUCCUGGAUAGUGGAACAGGUCAGCAGUGGUAAAUACCCGGGGCUGAUGUGGGACGACGAUUCCAAAACAAGGUUUCGUAUCCCGUGGAAGCACGCCGGGAAACAAGACUUCCGCAAGGACGAGGACGCCGCCAUCUUUAAAGCCUGGGCCGAGUUCAAGGGGAAGCUGACGGACGGCACGCAGGACAACCCGGCCAACUGGAAGACCCGUCUGCGCUGCGCCCUCAACAAGAGCCCCGAGUUCGAGGAGGUGACGGAGCGGGCGCAGCUCGACAUCUCCGAGCCGUACAAAGUCUACCGCCUGGUCCCGAUCGGCGAGCAGGGUUUGUUGCCGCCUGAGAAGAAGAAGAGAGAAAAAGUCAGCAGGAGGUCGAAGAGACGGCGGAGCAGCAGCAGCGACUCGGAGAGCGAAGACGUCAGCCCGGCGCAGCAGAUCAAAACCGAGGAGGCGACGCCACAGCCGGACUGUGUGCAGCAGAGCGACAGCCCCGUUCAGACCCAGCAGUGUGUUCAGAACAUCAACGUAAUACGGAGCGACGUGGCAGUGUUGGACUUGCGGAUCGAGGAGAACGUCCCCGCCCCUGCAGCAGUCCAGGACUCCUUCGACAUCUCCGUCCACUACUUAGGCCACGAGGUUCUCAAGUGCUUCAUCCAGGGCGCCAACGUGCGGAUAACGUACCUGCCGUCCUCGGUCAUCCCGUCCACGCCGGCGGCCCUGAGCAGCCGCUUCCCCCGCAUCCCGCUGCCUGAGCCGCCCUCCUCGCUGCCGCCAGGCCCCGAGCUGCAGGCGCUUUACACGCUGCUGCCCUUCAUGGAGCGCGGCGUGGCGCUCACCUAUGAAGAGAAGGGCGUGUACGGCAAGAGGUUCUGCCAGGGGCGGGUCUUCUGGACGGGGCCGCACACCACCAGCCCGGCGCUCCUGAAGAUGGAGAGGAACACGGAGCCGGUCUUGCUCUUCAGCAAAGAAAUCUUCAAGCAGGAUCUGGACGCCUUCCGGUCGAACGGCGGCGAGCCUCCGAAGUGCACCAUCACACUUUGUUUUGGAGAAGAGCUGAAAAACCAGGAGGACCCGUCCAGCAAGCUCAUCAUCGUGCAGAUCAACCUCCCCUGGGCGGAGAAGCAGGUUCAGAAGGCGAGCUCCAUCCGCAACUCCAUAUCCCUCCUGCACUCUCUGGCCAGCCAGUCUCCUCUGGGGGAAAUCACCCUCAACCUGGUGGAGGUGCUGCCGGACGCCGUCGUCUGCGAUGCGGUGUGAACCCAGCCAACCGUCUGUCACUCGUCACUGAGUUUUGUUUUUGUUUUUAUUUUUUUUUUAAGUUUAAAGAGCCCCGUUUUCAAAAUGACAACUUUUAUAUAAUGAAGAAGCUCUUAUUCAUUCCAGAGCUACAGCAGAUUAAAAAAUAUCUCACUUUAUAAUUGGACUUGUUGCACACUGAUAAUGGAUGUAGUUUUUUUUCGAGGGUGAGUGAAAUCACCUUAAAAGAGUAGUUUAAUUGUCUGUAAACACUAAAAGUGCUUGAUGUUAGUGAUGUUCAACCUGUGGAUAGUUUAAAAUCAUAUUUUUGUUAAAAGAUCUGUUUUGUUUUUUUUGUCUUUUGUUUUAAAAGGUCACAAGUCUGAAAAGCUAAAAAAAAAAAAAUGUUGUUUUUAUACUAUAAAUACAAACUUAACCAUCCAAUAAAGGAAGACGCACCAUGACAAGUAGAAGUAGCUCAGUAUAACAGUAGCAGCGGUGACAGAUAAUCCUCAAAGGAUCUAUCAUCUUUAUGCAAACAAAGCUUGUAUACUCAUGUGGGUUAUUAGUCUUUUAAUACAUUAAAAAGUGUCACACAGAGGCAAAAUGCAGCAGGAAGGAAGAGUUGAGUGCUGCCGAUCAGGAAUCAUGUCUUUUACGUUCAGUGCAUUUUCAUUAUUUUAGAUCAUUAAUAUCAGGAACUACUUGACACACAGUGGGCUCUAGGUUAGUGUAACAUGUCCCGUUUACAUGACGGCGCCUCCAAGUGAAAAGUUGCACAAUCUCUACCUGAAGUGUUGUUUUAGCACGGCUGUCGAGUAAACAGACGCCCAACACGCAACAAAGUGUUGCGUUUUCACUUGAAAAUGUCACAUAAACAGGGCCUUGAAGCCGUUAAAAUCUUUUACAGUAGCAAAGAAAAGUACCAAGCAGACUUUAGUGGUAGAAAUAUCAUGAAUAUUACGAAGCUGAAGCUCUGAAUGUUUGUUUUUCCAGAUCAUCUCUCCUGGCUCAUGCUAAUUGCUGUCAUAUUCAACAGUUACUCAGGCAGGUUGAUGAUUUGACUCACUGCACCAUCUGGUGGUGCAAACCUGCAUUACAAGGCUGAUGGAGUUGGUUGACUUGAAAACCUCUUGAGAUUUCACUAUGACAUGAUGAUUAUUCCCUUGUUUGGACCAAAAUAAAUGCCAACUGCCCCUUAGAAGGCAUCAUCAUGCAGCAGGAACAGGCAUUAAACAGAGAAAAGAGAGGAGCUCAUGGUGCUGGUUAAAAGAAGAUGUUACCGUCUUGGUUUUUAGCCACCUCAAAACAACACUCUGACUUAGUUUUGUGCAAGAAUUUAUAUCAAAACUGUGUUUUAACCAUGUCCUGACAGUACGCGGCCACAUGCGAGUUUUCCUUUUCAAUAUCCUGACCAGAAACCAAACGUUUUGAGCUUCAGCACACCGACGCUUCCCGCCGGGUGUCUUCGUACCGUGCUGCCUCAGUUACUCUGUAAAGCACAAACUAUGAAAAUACACAAAACUGGAGCGCAACUGAACAGUAACAAUGCCAGUGGAUGAUCUGUCCUUGAAAUGAGCAGGGUGGUGUUGGGCUGGACCACAAGGCACACGCUGCAUUUGUGGGAACGGAAACGUUAGAUGGAAGACCGGAGAUACUAAGAUGUAAAUAUUGUGUUAUUUAUGUGUGUGAGUCCUUGUUCAGCGGAGAACAAUAAACAUCUUCCUGGAG